ACUCCUGCAUCUGACUCAAACGUGUCCCCACUAAAGAUGGCAAGGUUCCUGAUGAGAUCAAACGUGUCCGCACUUGAGAUGGCAAGGUUCCUGAUGAGGUCAAACAAGUUCCCACUUGAGAUGGCAGGGUUCCUGAUGAGGUCAAACAAGUCCCCACUUGAGAUGGCAAGGUUCCUGAUGAGGUCAAACAAGUCCCCACUAAAGAUGGCAAGGUUCCUGAUGAGGUCAAACAAGUCCCCACUAAAGAUGGCAAGGUUCCUGAUGAGGUCAAACAAGUCCCCACUAAAGAUGGCAAGGUUCCUGAUGAGGUCAAACAAGUCCCCACUAAAGAUGGCAAGGUUCCUGAUGAGGUCAAACAAGUCCCCACUAAAGAUGGCAAGGUUCCUGAUGAGGUCAAACGUGUCCCCACUAAAGAUGGCAGGGUUCCUGAUGAGGUCAAACAAGUCCCCACUAAAGAUGGCAAGGUUCCUGAUGAGGUCAAACAAGUCCCCACUAAAGAUGGCAGGGUUCCUGAUGAGGUCAAACAAGUCCCCACUAAAGAUGGCAAGGUUCCUGAUGAGAUCAAACGUGUCCGCACUUGAGAUGGCAAGGUUCCUGAUGAGGUCAAACAAGUCCCCACUUGAGAUGGCAAGGUUCCUGAUGAGAUCAAACGUGUCCCCACUUGAGAUGGCAAGGUUCCUGUUGAGGUCAAACAAGUCCCCACUAAAGAUGGCAAGGUUCCUGAUGAGGUCAAACAAGUCCCUACUUGAAAUGGCAAGGUUCCUGAUGAGGUCAAACAAGCCCCCAUUGGGCUGCAAGGAACACAUGGAGAACAUAGCACUUUGUGAAAAGCGCUAUGUGUGCAUUUGUUCAUUGCCUCCAUUGUAAGUGCUCUAUGGGCAUGAAUUG